CCCUCCCCGCACCGGCCAGGGAGUGCACAGAGCAGCGGGUGAGGGGAAGCUCCGCAGGCGUGCGCGGAGCAGUGAGAUCACUGGCGUUAUAAAUAUCCCGGUGCCAGUGCCGAGAUUCGCUCGGGUGGCCCCUCUCUCCCCGUCUCCCUCUGCCUUCCCCGAGGCUAUGUCCACCCGGCGUAGCGAGGGGGGCAGCGUCAGAGGAACGCAGCCGCGCAGGGGCUCCGGAGCCCAGAGCCAGCCCUGCAAGAUGCUCGUAGGACCCCCGCGGCUGGAAGAAUGAGCUUAUACUUCUUCUUCCUCCUCUUCCUCAGCCACCUGAUCCUCAGCGCUUGGGCUCACGAGGAGAAGCGUGUGGCUCCCAAAGGGCAACCUGGACCCGCGGCCGCGGCUCGGAACCCGGGAGUCUCCAGGAGCAGCCGGAGCAGUAGCAGCGCGACGUCUUCCACGUCUUCCUCUGCGCCCUCUUCCCCCGCGGCUUCCCGGGGCAGCCAGGGCAGCGGCUCUGAGCAGGGCAGUUUCCAGUGGAGCCCCUCGGGGCGCCGGACCGGCAGCCUCUACUGCAGAGUGGGCAUCGGUUUCCAUCUGCAGAUCUACCCGGAUGGCAAAGUCAACGGCUCCCACGAAGCCAAUAUGUUGAGUAUUUUGGAAAUAUUUGCUGUGUCUCAGGGGAUUGUAGGAAUACGAGGAGUUUUCAGCAACAAAUUUUUAGCGAUGUCAAAAAAAGGAAAACUCCAUGCAAGUGCCAAAUUUACAGAUGACUGCAAGUUCAGGGAGCGAUUUCAAGAAAACAGCUAUAAUACCUAUGCUUCAGCAAUACACAGAACUGAAAAGACUGGGCGGGAGUGGUAUGUGGCCCUGAAUAAAAGAGGGAAAGCUAAACGAGGCUGCAGCCCACGGGUUAAACCGCAGCACGUCUCUACUCAUUUUCUACCAAGAUUCAAGCAGUCGGAACAGCCAGAACUGUCUUUCACUGUUACUAUCCCUGAAAAAAAGAAGCCACCUAACCCUGUCAAGCCAAAGGUCCCCCUCUCUACACCUCGCAGAAGUCCCAGUACGGGGAAAUACAGACUCAAGUUUCGCUUUGGAUAAUACUUGUGUUGGUCUUGGGAGAAACUAUUCUUUUCCCUCAGGUGUUUCUACAGGUGUCUUCCAAGCUCUGAGGAAAAAAUAUCAGACAUAGCUUCAGCUAUACUUACAUUGUCUGGAAGCCAGGUCAUUUGUUUCAGUUUAACUGAAACAAAAAUGUU